CAAGCGAGACAUGUGAAAAGGUGUAAACACAUCCCCGAAACACUUCCAGGCAGUCUAUGUUAGACUACGAGGCCCUACUAUUCUCUCUCAAACGAUGAUAGUAUUUUCCAGUAGCUACCCUCGAUUUUACCACAAGCGGAGGUCAUGUCCACCUCGCAGCUUUAAUGCUCCAUACAAUGCACCAAACAACCUGCCGCUCGUCGAUAUCAUCAGUGGAUGAAAGCGGGGAAUAAUAAUCUGACCUCGCAGCUGUACCACGUCUCUUCACACAAUUUGAGUGACCAUUGAUUACCUCGGCAGCAAACUCGUAAAGUCAACGAGAAAGUUAUUUCAACAUCACGUGGUCAGCCACUUUUCAGAAGGUUUGGAGGCUGUUUUUGUGGCUUUCUGGGGAGCCGUCGAUAGAGGCGUGAAAUAUGAUCUGCUAUUCAACGAGUAAGAGAAGUACUCAGCCGAGGCAAAAGCUAGCAUCCAUAGCACAGAUCAAUCGUUCGUGCAAAGAGAAUAUCGAAACACGAAUAAAUCGUAACGAGGCACGAGGCAUGGUACUGUUGGCUGGCCAGAUUGACAUUCCUUGCAAUAUCGAUUCCAAAUUUGGAUCAUCAAACAGACCUCGCGAAAGUGCCACGACUCACCGUUUAGCCACCAAUGCAAGUUGAUACUUUGGCCGGCGUGCUCAUUUCUCAGGAACGCGUUCGGUUGCCCGGAGCACGAGAUUAAUGGCUUAAAGGGAGCAGAAGCCUUGAAUAUUCCAAUUCUAUUUCUGUGCUGUAAUGUGAACAGUAAGAGCCUCAGGAACAAUCAAAUCGAGCAAUAACAGAUCAAACGCAGCAUAAUCAAUCAGUCUUUCGAAAGCACGGACUGUACACAAAUCAUGGCGACUACACAACCCCUCAGAGCGAAGCCUUCCUUUCGCAGAGAAUCCCCUUCGCCUUCCACAUCUCCUACCCCAGCUAUUGGAGCUUGCCCUGAGCUCUCGCGGAGUGUCUCCCUGGGCUCGACGGGUUCUUUGUACUCCGGCGACGCAAGCUCAAUGGGAAGAGAUUCUCUAGGCAGCAACAGUUCUGGGACUUCAGUAUCGCGGUCGUCAUCUGCGAGCUACUCGAAUCGACAGUCAACAGGUGGACUGGAGAAACCAAAGAGACGUGGCUAUGUGAGGCCACAGGGAACAAAUUUCGCUGCCUCGGCACAAUCGAGAGAGAGCGUCUUAAGUCUGGGCAGCAUUGCACAUCUACAAUAUUACUUUGCGCGGACAGGGCUACUGGAUGGAAAAGGAGGCAGACUGGCGAAGAAGAAGGAUACUCGAGGCACGCUGGAUUUGUCGGCUUUGGACACUUCGUUCCUGACUCCAAGGGUGCUAGGAUCAGAUGUGGACUCGUCAUAUGCGUCCAUGGGAAGUAGUCCCGAGCUUCAUGCUCAGGGACUGGGAGGCAUGCUCGUGGAAAGUCCUACACAGGAGGAUUACGAUUAUUUCAGUGGCGAGGAGGAGGAAGACCCAGAUCAUCCACAUAUGCUCCCUCCAACAGUUAGCACAUACAAUCACCGCGAGAAGAAGAUUCCACACCCGCCAACUCUCGAAGAACUCAAGGACGACCUACAGAAGUGCCUGGAUGAUGCUGUGAAGCUACUCGAAGACGCCAAACAAAAUCCGACAUCAGCACCACCAUCUCCCCAAAAACCUGGCAGUGAGCCACAGAGUCCCGCAGCAGACGAUAAUCGAGGCUGGCACGAGCUGCAGGGCAUGCACAUUCUAGAUAUAAUGACACUUGCCAUUCGAGCUGCGAAAAUGUACUACACAGCACACAACCAGCCUCAGCGACUUGCAGCAAUCAAGUCCGAACGCAAGAUCCGAGCCGAGCUGCUUUCAGUCAUGGAGGUUCUCAAGCGCAUGGCGACGAGGAAUUUCGCUGCUGGAAUGCGAACUGAGGAGCGGUUGACAAUGGAGAAGUGGGUAGUGAGCGUCUACGACCUGUUGAGCCAGGAGGAAGCUAUGGAGGAGGCAGAGAGGAAGCAACGGGCGAGCUGGACUUGGCUCGAUGAUUCCUGGGAGGGUAGAAAUGUUGAGCGGGAAUACGCUUUCAUCAAAUCCAUGGAUCCAGAAGCGGAGACACUUCCGGAAUUCCAGUCUAGUGACGAGGUCGCUGACGAGGCUCUACCAACCAAAUUCCUGGAUGAUAUGAGAACUGGAAUGAGAUUGGUCAAAUUACAUAAUGCGGUUGUGAGGAAGAGCAAGCGCCCAUUCGGAGCUAUUGACAAGUGGCACACGGAUUUCGGCAAGCCGUAUCGCUGUGCGGAGAACUUGCGGUAUUGGAUCAAAGCUGCCGAGUUGAGAUGGGAAGUCGUACUUAAAGUGGAUGUAAUGGGCGUUGUAAGUGGUACAGACAGGACGGCACUAAAGGGAUUCGAGGAGGCUAUUUGGAAGUGGUGUGCGAAAGUGAGAGAGGAGAUCAGUGUUGAGUUGAAAGUUUGACAGACGGUGUGAGGUGGGAAGAUUGAAGGCCAUGAUGCCGUGUCAUGGUUUAUGACUUUAAUGUUUAUGGUAAAGGAGUGUCUGGGCUCGUUAGGGUUUCAAUACUUUACUUGCUCGGCACGGCACUUGAUACAGUUGGUGUUCUGUAUGUACAUAGUUUGACGGAGGUGGUCGGCAUCGACCAUGUCACGGGGGUUCUCUUGCUUCCUACUUAUACCCACUUUAGUCUUUGAGAAUUCUUCUAUUUACUCC